UUUAACCCGGUUUCUCCACGUCCGGCCCACCUCGUUUUCCAACAAAAGCACGAACCCUACCCCCUCGUUAUCUUUCAUCUUCUACCUACCGCCUUCGAUACACGCUCAGAUCUACAUCAAAUUUCUUGAGAUUUCUUCUAAUUUCUUAUCGUAAUCUCUAGAUCGGAUACCGAUCUGCUCAAGCCCCAAAUUUUUCUAUCGAUUAAUCCCGAAUUCAACCCAACCCGUUGAGCUCGUAAUUUCUAGGGUUUUUAUUCCGAAUCGGCCCCUUUCGCCCUCUAAUCUUCCAAGAUCUUACGUUUCUCGAAUCUGAUUUUCGAGAUCUUUCUUUCCCCUUUCGAAUUUUGUAGAUUUUUGACCCCCUUCGAAUUCUAGGGUUUCCAAAAUUUCUUAUCUUUAGGCUUUGGUCUUUUGUGUAAAUUCGUAUAGGGGUUUUGUUCCUUUCGCUGCUGUGUAUCUUUUCCAUAUACUCUCUGUGAAUAAUUCCAAGGUUUUUUUUGGCGAAUUGCGAACCUAGGGUUAGGGUUUCUGAACAAAAAUUCAAGCUUUUUAAUUUGGUCAAAUUAGAUUGGGGAUAAGAUUCCUGAGAUCGAUUAAUCUAUUUUCGUAUAUUAUUCGGUGGUCAAUCAUAUCAAUUGGGCUCUCUGCCGUUUCAGUUUGAUCUUCCCGCCUUAUUUGUGGAGGUUGAUAUGGGAUUUAAAAGGCCCUUUGAUGAUGUGGACUUCCAGGAGCUUCCUUAUAAGCAUUCAAGGCAGCUUGAUUCCAGUGAUAAACGCUCUCCAUUUUCUGAUGUUGUUUCUUGUUAUAGUGCACCCGAAAAACCGUAUGUUUCAGGUGAGGAAGGGGAUGCCCUUUGUAAAACUCAGUGGUUUGAGGUACUAGAAAAGUAUAAUGUUGGUAAAGAUUCAACAGCUGUCAAUAAAGGUUGUGUGAUUAAUGCUGCCUCUGCAUUGGUCACCAGCAGUUGUGGUGAAGAAGACAUUGGUUCUGGUGGACAAGAUGCUUCUUCACCUCCUGCAGAGUAUUUUGAAUAUGACUGCCCAAGGAGAGCGUUUGUUCCUUUUAAGGAUGAUUACUCUUCUUUGUUGGAUCGCUCUCCAAGAAAACAAGUUCCUGUUGGGCCAAAUCAUCAAGCCAGUAUUCCAUCAUGGAGUGGACACUCUAAAAAGUUGGAUGAGGAAGAUGGGGGUAAUCUCAGCCGCUUUUCCUUGCAUUUGAUAACUGAUUAUGACUCUGAGGAAAGGCUUUUGGGAACUGCUGUUAUUCCAAUGCCUGAUGUGAACCUAUCACCUCCAGAGUGCGAUAAGGUUGGGCAGGGCCGAACAAAUUGUAAAUGCCUAGAUGCCGGGACCUUCAGGUGUGUGCAGCAGCAUGUCAUGGAAGCACGGGAAGACCUUAAAAGAAAUCUUGGAAAUGAAAAGUUUGUGAAGUUGGGUUUAUGUGACAUGGGAGAGGUAGUAGCACGAAGAUGGAGUGAUGAAGAAGAGCAGGCUUUUCACGAUGUUGUUUACUCCAAUCCUGCAUCAUUGGGUAGAAAAUUUUGGAAGCAUUUGUCUGCAGUGUUCCCUUCUCGAAGUAAAAGGGAACUGGUCAGCUAUUAUUUUAAUGUGUUCAUGCUUCGUAGGCGGGCUGCUCAGAACAGAUCUAAUACUUUAGAAAUAGACAGUGAUGAUGAUGAGUGGCAUGGAAGCUAUGGAAGUGCCAAUGGUGGUAUAGUUGCAGAAGAUGAUGAAGACUCUGUUAUUGACUCUGUUGAGGAUGGUCAAGCGGUGGGCCAUAGAGAGUACUCUGAAGAAGAUGAUAGCGAUGAUGAUGACAGUGAUGGUGAUGAUUAUGUGGGAUAUGGAGAAGAUGGUGGGAUGGAUCAUAUAGGAGAAUCAUACAGGCUGAAAUUGGUUGAUGAAGGAAAAUAUGAUACUAUAGCUCAGAAUGGGGAGAAGAUUCCAGGGUGUUCUGAGGAGGAAUUUGGUUAUCAAGAUGACUCAUGCGUAUCUUUCGAGUUUCAGCCCUAUAUGCAUGACUCUUGUGGUCGAAUUGAUGCUGAACCUGCUGGUGGUGCUUUACAAGGCACUGGAUUCAAGGACGAGCAUAGCCAAAGCUUGCGUAGCCAAGACGAUGCAUCAAGUGAUGUAGUUGGUCAUGGAUAUCUAUUGGAGCCUUGUGACGCUAAAGUUUGGGAUGCUAGGUUCCCAAUGGAUCCCAUGAAAGGUAUUGAUCUUCUACCUACAUGGAGUAUGAUUGAGGACAUAUUUGAUCAAGGCAUGGGGGAUUACAAGAUGAGGGAUGACCAAAAGGCACCAGCUAGUGGGUAGUGAUGGGACAGUUGGCCACUGGGUCUAGGAAGGAAUUCUUUUAACUGCUAUAGUAUGUUAAAUUCAGUGUAGCCUUCUGAAUUUGUGAGGGCUACGGCUAAGUUUUGAGGUUGGCAGUAAUGUUCUUUGCCUAGCAAUAUUAUUCUUUUUUUUUUUUUUUGGUUCUCCUGAAAGCACAGGUGAUUUUGAAAUCCGGUGCUCCUUCUGUACAGAAAUUCCAUGGAAUGUAAUGUUCAUUUGUAUGUCAAGUUCUCUCAAUGGAAUGAAGAUUCUCCUGUCAUUUGUAUAUUUAUGCA